GAAUCAGAGGGACUGGUACCCAUUAUCUACUUCCUUACCCAGAACCAAACACAAUGGCUUGCCACAAAGUAGCAGCUGCUCCCUUUCAACUUCUUUCUCUUGUCAGUUUCCUUCUUUUCUUAAAUCCAUAUUCUUCUAUUUUCCUUGAAGCCACAACAAUAUUUGCCAACUCCAAUACUGUCAAUGAUGAGAGGUCCAAUGUGGCUUGCAUUGAGGAAGAGAGGAAGGCCCUCCUUGAAUUCAAGCAAGGACUUCAAGAUCCUUUGUUUGAGCUUCAUUCUUGGGUUGGCAAAGACUGCUGCAACUGGCAUGGCAUAGUCUGCAACAACCAAACAGGUAACAUCAUCGAGCUUCGUCUUUUGGAUACACAAAUCUCUGGUACACUUUCAAUGUCAAUAGGCAGUCUUUCGGAUUUGGAGACCUUGAUUCUUUUUAACAAUUCGUUCUCUGGCCCACUUCCGAUAUCAAUCGAAAAUCUUUCAGAUCUGCGGACCUUGAACCUUUCUUUCAAUUUCAUCUCCGGUCCACUUCCGACAUCGAUCGGAAAUCUUUCAAAUUUGCAGAGCUUGUCCCUUUCUUCAAACAAAAUUUUCGGUCCACUUCCGACAUCUAUCGGAAGUCUUUCAAAUUUGCAGAGCUUGGACCUUUUGACAGGACCCGACCCAGGAAUCACCCCAAUUACCUGGAUACGAGCCUGCGGGGCCCACGUUAAGCGCCAGACUUCAUAA